CCCCACGGGCCUCGGUUCCAACGACCCCCUGGGUCGAGAGUGGAAGGGAGGGAGGAGGUGGGAGACGCGGCCUCCUUCGCUGGCCUCCUCUUCAGCCGCCCACUGCCCGGCCCCAUGGUCCCCGCCGCCGGCGCGCUGUUCUGGGCCCUGCUGCUGAGUCUGGGGCCCCGGGCGGCGGGGGCCCAAGGCCUGACUUCCACCGAGUCGCAGCGGGUAAGUUUCCGCUCCGGGGUCCCGAUGUCCCGCAACUACCGGACCACCCCCCGGACCGGCGCUCCCAAGAAGAUGAGGGUAACAAUGGAGGACGAGGAUGACCUCGUGGCCCGUGCCGACCGCCUGGCAGGCCCGGCCGCGGCCGAGCUCUUGGCCUCCACGGUGGCCACAGGCGUCAGAAAGUCAAUUGUGUCAUCGCCGGAGGAAGAUGAGUCUUUGGAAGAGGGGGUUGUGAUCAACGCCAGAAAGAGUAACGUGAGCGGAGAGGCUCUCCGAGCGACUUCCAAUACGGCGAGGAUGCCCAACCCAAGGUUUAAAGCAAAUACCCAGGAGCCUGAGAUCAGGAUGUCUUCUUCAGACCAGCGGGCCAACACGCGGAUGUCCACUGAGGACUUGGUUCACCCCGACAGUACCAUGAGCCAGUGGUCAACAGCAGGGUCCACCCCGAGACCGUGGCCACACCCCUCACCAACAGCCAUGCCGCCAGCGGAGGACCUGCGGCUGGUUCUCAUGCCCUGGGGCCCAUGGCACUGCCACUGCAGGUCAGGCACCAUGAGCCGGUCCAGGGCAGGCAGGCUGCAAGGCCUUUCCGGGCGCCUUCGAGUUGGAGCACUGAGCCAACUCCGCACAGAGCACCGGCCUUGUACCUACCAGCAGUGUCCCUGCAACCGACUUAGGGAGGAGUGCCCUCUGGACACCGGUCUCUGCCCUGACACCAGCUGCACCACUCAGACCACUACCACCACCACCACUACCACCACCACUACCACUCCCAUACCGCCCCUCAGCUCUAGACUCAGACCCACACCCUUCCUCUUCUUUGGCCCCAGCCCCAGCCCCAGCCCCAGUCCAGCCCUUGCUUUUUGGAGACGAGUCCGGAUUGGGCUGGAGGAUAUUUGGAACAGUCUGUCUUCAGUGUUCACAGAGAUGCAACCACUAGAGAGAAACCGCAGGUAAUGGCCACUUCAUCUUCAAGAGAAGGUGUCAGCAUCUCAGCCUCCCCACCCUUUCAAUCCCAGAACCUACUGGAUAUUUUUAGUACAGAAAAAAUUAGAAAAAAUA